UGGCUAAAUAAAGUCGGACGUAUUAAUGGGACGCUCUGUGAAUAAGUCUGCAAUAUACUGAAGCGGUUUCUUAUAAAACUCACCUUUAUACAAAGAGAUAGAUAUCCUUCAGUUCGGCCAUCACACUUGAACUGUAUGAGUGACAAACGUCAGAGAGCGAGGGUGCAGGGCUCCUGGGCCAAACCUGGGGCCAAACCAGCAUCCUCUGUAGCAGGUAGGCAGCCAACACCUGGGUCAUGGAACGCUGGUCCAAGAACAUAUGAGUUCCAUCAGCCAGCUGAUCCGGUCAGAGUGAUACCCGUGGAAAAGGCGAUAGAAGAGGCUGGGGACUAUGAGAUCAGCAAAGGUCCCACUGGAGUGUCCAGACUGCGGCUUCUCCCUGGGUUUCUGCCGCUGGAGGAGGCAGACUGGAUGUUUGCUACUCUGCUGGCUGAGCUACCAUGGUCACAGAAGACUAAUUAUGGCACUAUGGGUGAAGCAUAUGACGAACCCCGGCUGACCUGCUGGUAUGGAGAACUACCUUACACAUAUUCUCACUCCACGAUGCAAGCCAACCCUCAGUGGCAUCCUGUCCUCAUAACACUACGCCAGGCCAUUGAGCAGGAGACCUCACACACGUUUAACUCGCUACUAUGUAACUUAUACCGUGAUGGAAAGGACAGCAUUGCCUGGCACAGUGAUGAUGAAGCUUCUUUAGGCCCUCACCCCUCCAUUGCCUCCCUCAGUCUAGGGGACACACGAGUCUUUAGUCUCCGGAAGAAACCGCCCCUAGAGGAGAAAGGGGAUUACACAUAUGCAGAGAAACUGAGGAUACCGCUGAGCCAUGGGACUCUCCUAAUUAUGGAGGGAUGUACUCAAGAAGACUGGCAGCAUCAGGUGGCGAAGGAGUACCACGACCGAGGGCCUAGGAUAAAUCUGACCUUCCGUACUAUCUAUCCAGAACCACAUCCCUCCAGGAUGGAUAAUAAUGGAGAAUUGAGACAAUAAGAGCCAGAAGAUAUAUGAACAAAUGCAGGCCAUUCGCAGAGAUGGAGAGGAUGAGGCUGAAAAAAGAUUUUCACUCACACUUGCCAAACAUCAACAAAAUGGUGAUGGAUUGUGUCCUCCCAUUUGCCAAAUACAGCCACUGAUUGAUCAUAACAUAAUCUCUCGUCGAGUAAAUUAUUCUUUCAGGAUGGUGUUUAGAUAGUGUUCUGUUUUGAUUUUUGGGAGAUCAUUCAUCUCAGUACUGCUAAAUGUGUUCCUCACUUUUUUCAAACAUGGAAGUUCGCUGUAUAAGUGAGACCUAUUUACAAGAAGAAUGUGAAGUUAAAUAUAUAUUAAUAUUAUUUAAAUAUAGUGGUUUCUUUUCAAUAACAUCUCUAAAGAGUGCAAAGGUGUUAGUUUUCGGUUUCUUUGAGGCUACUUUUUGUUGGACUACUAUAAUAAAAUGUGGAAGAACAACUGUAAGUGCCUAAUACUUGUAAUAACCAUGUAUCCAAAGUCAUGUUUAUAUGUAGAAAAUAGUUAUGUAAUUUUCACAGGUGAAAGUUUUUUAUUUGUUUUAAGAAAAAUUUUCACAGCCUAUAGGAGUAUUAAAGUUACUAUAGCAAACAGCCUUUGUGAUAGCAUUAUAACCUUAUUCAGAGUAUUGUUUACCCUAGGAUCAUGUGUGGAGUGGUUAGCAGAAUCUAUGAAGAUAUUUAGUGGCAACCUAGCCAAUAAUUUGUUAUAUAAUAGACAUAAUGCAUGUGGUAAAAGUGUGGGUUUUUUACAUGCACGAAAGCUGCACUGCUCUGGCUCUUGUACGCAGUGAGUCAUGGUGUAGUUUCUCUGAAGUUGUUUAAGACCUGAAUGGGCGCCUGUGUUUUCACAUAUGUCACAGCUUAGGUUGGACGGGUGUGUAAUAACAGUCAUAAAUACAGAAGUAAGUGUUUAGCGUGAAAGUAACAUUCAAAUGGGCUACACCCGUUGAGCGAUAAUUAAACUAUUACUAUUAAGUCAUGUUAGGAUUUCUUUCAGGACCUUUUUGAAGAUUGUCAAAAAAUUUGAUUCCGUUUAAGGCUCAAGAAAAAUGUAUGGUUUGCAGAAAGUCUGACUAUAGACAUCCCUAAAUAUGAAGUAGGGUAUUUUGUAGUUGUAAUCUAUUCUUAUGUUUUGGUUCUUUGGGAAAUGCUAAACUCGAGUUAAGAUUUUAACCAGUGACCUAUAUCAAAGCAUUUAGACACUGAAAUAGUAUAAAUCUCUCAUUGUUAUCCUCUUCUAGUGAUUUGUUGCAGAACUUUAAUUAAAGCUUCAUUGUGUACCCUAAUACUUCACAGUCAUUGCUUUAGGCGGCUUGUAAGAGUCUAUAAAAACUGACCUGUGUUUGGAAAGUCAAGUCUUUGCUCCCUCUGUUCUGGAAUGCAGUACCUCAUGCUGUUUAUUGUAAUGGGUACACUGGGCCUAACCUUCUGACUCAACUUGUGGUCUGUGUGAGAAAGAAACAGACAAAGAGUACACACUGACUUGCCAAAUGUUGCCAAAUAAACUUUUAUUUGUAAAUA